CCCCCAACCCCCCCUCCCCGCCGUCCGUGCUGUCGGCGCCUCCGCGUCCUCUCUUGUAGCUCGGCGUCCUCCUUCCCCCUGUCCCCGUCCUCCCUGGCUUCUCUGUUCGAGGUUGGAGCAGCUCGCCGCCGUGUCGCCGCUUCCCGUCGUCUCGCCGGUCGCCGUCCGUGUCUCCGUCGAAGAACUGAGAAGGAAAAUGGCAAUCUGAACCAGCAAAAGGAUUUCCACAGCGUCAGCGCGUGCCCACACUUGCAGGAACAAGAAAACUAACUCUUUUUCUGCCCUCUGAUGGUGGUAAGACUUUGGAACUUCCAGCUGUCAGAACAUUUCAAAGCACAUGCAAAUGAGACCUGUUCAGCUACAGGAAAGCAAACAAAGGCAUAGGAAUAAGGAUAAUUGACACGCAUCUCAAAUGCGGGGCCAAAUAACCGGAUGUUAAGAUAUUAACAUAGGAUAGGAUACUAGUGCUUCUCUAAUUUCUGUUGAGAACAAGAAUAUUAGGCUAGAAACUAAUUGAGUCGGUUGGCCCAACUUGUGGUUUUUAAGCUUAGCCCAUUCUUAAUAGAUGGUUUCUCUCACUCAACAAAAAAAAAGAGUCCCGACCAAAAAGAAAAAGAAGUAAAAGGACAACCUUGGUCUCACAUCCCCACCCCUACCAUCUCUUACCUUCCUCGCCUCUCCGUCGUGCUUCACUGCCGCACCGUCCUCCACCACUGCCGUCGCAUAAUUGGCUGCAGCUGCAGUAGGAAGUAAAGAUGAAAGAACUUGUAACUAUCCAAGUCGGCGAUUUUGCCAAUUACGUUGGCUCUCACUUUUGGAACUUUCAGGAUGAGCUUCUUGGGCUGGCUGGAGACCCUAAUGCUGAUUCAUUCUUCAAGAAUCAUGAUCUUAACAUGGAUGUGCUUUAUCGUACUGGUGUAACGCAACAGGGCAUUCUUACAUACACUCCUCGCCUACUUUCAAUAAACAUGAGAGGUUCACUUGGAUCUUUGAGCUCACAUGGUACAUUAUAUAAGGAGGUUACCUCCUUUCCAUCAGAUGUUGUUACUUGGACAGGUAAGAUUUCCACCCAGGCCUGUGAACCUCAUAAGAAAAAUUUGUUCCUACAAAGACUGUAUGAGGAAGAGGAAAAUUUGAUUGUGACUAAUGACACUAGUGGUUCAAGCAAUGGUUCUCAAAGUGAGUAUCAGGAUAAGGAUAUAGUUGAAAGUCUAGAAAAUGGUGUACAGUUUUGGACGGACUACUCAAAAGUACAUUAUCAUCCCCAGAGUCUCUAUGAACUAAAUGGGGUUUGGAUGGAUGCUGAGAACUUCAACAAUUACGGAAUUGGAAAGGAUUCCUUUUCUUGGGAUUUGCAAGGGGAAGAAAUUAGUGACAGGCUACGAUUUUUUGUUGAAGAGUGUGAUCAUAUACAGGGCUUUCAAUUUGUAGUUGACGACUCUGGAGGAUUCUCUGCUGUGGCCGAAGAGUUUCUAGAGAAUAUUGUAGAUGAAUAUACAAAUACUCCUGUUUUGCUGUAUGCUGUCCAAGGCCAUCGUGCAUGCACAAGUCUUCAGAGCAAGAAGCGUACAGUCUUGGAGGAUCUUCACGAUGCUGUAUCAUUUUCAAGACUCUCAUCCUACUCUAAACUUAUUGUCCCUCUUGGUAUGCCCUCCUUGAGUAAAGGUAAAGUUUCCAAAUUCCUCCACAUUGAAGAUGAGAAACAUUACCACUCAAGUGCAGUUUAUGCUGCUGCACUACACUCCAUUAGUCUUCCUUUUAGAAUGGACCCAAUUGGCCCUACUACACCUGCAUCUUCUGUCUCUGGGGCUGUUGAUCUUCAUGGAGUCAUACAAAUGUUAUCAGGACAAGGGAGGCAGAAUAUGGUGUCAAUUCUAGAUGUUGCCAUACCAGCGCCUGCUUUAUUUGGGGGACAGAGCGAACAAUCUUUAUUAGAAAAUUUGCAUCCAUUGACCCCUCAAAUAGCAGAGGAUGUUGAAGACAUGCAGGGAGUUGAAUGCUUGACAGUCCAUGGAGCUUAUGCAUCAGGUAGCCAUCGUGCUUCGGUUUCCCAAGUAAAGGAUGCAGUUGAUGCUGCUUUUCAAUGUGCCGAAACAAAUCCAAUGUUCUACCAUUUAUCUGUUGCUCUUUGUCCGCUUCCCAUUCCAUUGUCUUUUCCAUCGAUAUUUGGAAACCAAGUUGGCCAGCAUGGUGAGUUGAUGGGCGGUCCGAUAACUAAUUCUUCAUCAAAAGGAUCCCUGGACGUCUAUUCCAUUCCAAUGGCUGCCAGAUUACGCUCCAGCAAUGCUAUCCUACCAUUUGUUGAGAGUAGAUUGCAAAACCUUCACCGAUUCGGAAUUGAUCGGGGAGCAGCUGGGGCACAAUUACUUCGGGGUUGGGGCUUUGGAAGGGAAGAUUUGGAAGAAAUGGAAGAAAUGUUGUCUAAAAUGGUUGCAACAUUGUGUCCUCCCCAACUGUCAUCCGAUUCAGACUAGAACACGUAC